AUGUCGACAGCAGCCUUUCCACUCUCGCCAAGAGACGCCCUCCGCCAGGCAUACCAAGGUCAAUCGCUGCACGAUGUACCUGUCCCCGCUGCGGUUAUAGAUGUGGCAAAGGUAAAGGUGAACUGCAGGUCCAUGCUGAAUGCCGUCAAAGAGCUGGGUGUCAGUUUCAGAGCUCAUGUGAAGACUCACAAAACAUCAGAGAUUACGAGGCUUCAGGUCGGUGAAGAUUGCAAUGACGUGAGGUUGAUCGUGUCGACCAUUAUCGAGGCGGAGCAGUUGGUCCCCCUUCUGUUGGAAUAUAAAAGUCGCAUUGCAAAGAUCAAUGUCUUGUAUGGCGUCCCUUUGGGCCCCUCACACGUAAAUCGGCUUGCUGCUGUAGGCCGCCAGCUUGGUGAAGGGUCCAUCACAGUCAUGAUCGAUCAUCCAGAACAGUUGAAAUGCUUGCCCUCGUUCAAAGAACAGGCAGGAUUUCCCGCCAUGGUAUUCAUCAAGGCAGAUUCGGGCUACCACAGGGCCGGUCUAAGUCCAGACUCGAAAGAUAUGAUGGACUUGGUGCACGAAGUUGGCACCGCCGAGCAGCAAGGUCAUCUGUGGCUGCUCGGAUUCUAUUCCCAUAAUAGUCUCAGCUAUGGUGGAUCGUCCCCAGACGAUGCGAUGGACAUGCUCAGAGUCGAAAUUGAUGUCUGCCGGCAAGCUUCCCAACACUUCAAGCGAGACCGACACGCACCGCUUCUAGUAUCGGUUGGAGCAUCUCCCACUGCUCUCUCCAUACAGAACAUUCUGCCUUCGGCGGCCAGUUCUACCCCUUCGGCUAAUGCUCUCAAGGACACGCUUGAGUUGACCAAAUCCAAUCUCGAGCUUGAAAUCCAUGCCGGCGUCUAUCCAAUCUUUGACAUUCAGCAGGUGGCUGCCAGCAGUCGCAGCUUUACCUCAGAUCCUCACGAUACCAUUGCAGUAUCUGUGCUCGCUGAAAUCUGCUCUUUGUACCCCAAUCGAACUAAACAGCCUGAGGGACUGAUCUCUGCCGGUGCUCUCGCACUUGCGAGAGAGCCCUGCAAGGACUAUCCUGGGUGGGGCGUUGUAAGUCCCUGGAACAUGCCAGGCGACUAUGGCACGACAAAGAAAGAUCGCAUCAUUGUUAGUCGUAUAAGUCAGGAGCACGGAAUCUUGGCUUUUGAAGACAGCGAUCUAGAGAAACGACAAUUUCCUUUGCAGUAUGGACAAAAGCUGCGCAUCUGGCCGAAUCAUGCGUGCAUUACCCUGGCCAUGUUCAGCUGGUAUUUUAUCAUCGACACAGAUACUGACACCCCAGACAAGAUUGUUGAUAUCUGGAUAAGGUGGCGAGGCUGGUAA